AUGACUAAGAUUUCUAACUUUCCUCCGAUUUCCUCCACGCGACUCCGAGUGACCGUGGAUGUCUGUGGCCAUUCGGGUCUGUUGAAUCUACACGAAGCAUGUAUUCGAGACUCCUGGGCAGCAGUCAUACCAGCAGCCUUCGUCCUCUCUAUCUGUCUCCUCUCACUUGCAAAUAUCCCGUCGUUAUCUGUCACAAGACUUUACAAGACCGUCAGAUACCCGUUUCGACCGUUUUUGACGUUAACAGACGCCCAAGCGUUGGACACUGAGGGAGAUGAAGCAGGAUAUGAAGAGGAUGGACGCAUUGGCGAAGUAGGACAAGCAGGAACGACGGCAACAGCAGCAAGGGAAUUUCCUGUUUGGAAAACAGUUGUUUUGGUGUUUAUCGGGUUACUGGAGGGUAUCUGUUGGACUAUCGCUGGAUCCUAUAUCCUCAUUUCCGGCGAAACGAGCUCCAACGCGAACGCUGCCUGGAACGGAAUCCGAGCAUUCCUCGUCGCCUUUACAUGUACCUAUACAGUCAUACGCCCCAUCCAACGUCCAACCGCGACUGCGCCUUUCGAUCUGUUCAUGAUAUACAUGUUACAGUUAAUGUCGGGUGUUGUCCAAUUCGGAGGAAUCCUCUACGCUCACACCGUACUCGACAUACCAGCCUCGAGCAUGACGGUCUUUGCGCACACCUUGAAUCUAUUCGGGAUACUGGUCCUUCUGAGCCUCGUUCUCAGCAUGCCAUUAGCUCUCCCAAGCAGAAGAGUCAAACCGUCCGAAAUCGGCCAGUCAAUCUCACCAGAAGAUUACACAACCCUCUGGGGUUGGAUAUCGUUCAGUUGGAUAUAUCCCCUCGUUCGCCGCGGGAAAAGCUCUACACUCAAUGAAGAAGACGUCUGGAAUCUCAGUCCUACAUUUCAAUCUCGACCCCUUUUCAUCAAAUUCAGUAAUACCCACCGCACCACGCUUCUGAGGAGGCUCUGGGCCGCAAACUCGUUGGAUUUGAUUCUAUAUGGGGUGCUUACUAUAACGAGCAGUUGCUUGAGUUUCAUGAAUCCGUUCUUCUUGAACCAUAUUCUGUCUUCAAUCGAAAAACAUGGAGCUGAUGUCACUCCCGCCGACCGAUCUAACGCAUACAUUUACGCUUGUCUCAUGUUUCUGACAUCGUUAGCGAAGGCUGAAUCAGACGUCCAACACCUUUGGUUCGGACGAAGAGCUGCUACGCGCAUCCGUUCCGAGUUGAUGGCUUCCAUCUAUGACAAAGCGUUGAAGAGGAAAGAAGUUGCAGGCGCUGGCGAGUCGCAUGACAAGAAGCAAGAAGACAAGGAUAAGGGGAAGAAUAAGGAUAAGAGUAGGAAUAAAAAAACGAAGGCGAAAGAAGAAGAUAACGAGCCAAAAGCGGGUGCAGACGUGGGGAAGGUUGUCAAUUUGAUGGCGGGGGAUGCGACUGUGGUAAACGGUGCUUGUACAGGGUUAUACCUCAUCUACGGUUGCCCGUUUGAAAUCAUCUUGGGUUGCGCGUAUAUUUAUCAACUCCUAGGAUGGUCUGCAUUCGCAGGAUUUGCAGUUCUCCUCGCGGGUUGGCCGUUGAAUACGUUAUUGGCGAAACGGAGUAUCAGGAUUCAAAAGGGUACGAUGGCGGCUAGAGACAAGAGAAUGGGAGUGUUAAAUGAACUUAUUGGAGCGGUCAAAUUUAUCAAAUUCUUCGCAUGGGAAGAUCGCUGGAUUGAUCGCGCUAUGGGAGCGAGGGAAAAGGAGAUGAAAUGGAUGAUUAAAGCCCGUAUCAACUGGAUCAUAUUUUAUCUCCUAGGGAUGAGCGCGCCUAUCCUCAUUUCGAUAGUUUCUUUUGCUACAUUCGUUGCUCAAGGGAAUGAGUUGAGGGUUAGUACGGCGUUUACGGCUAUAGCUCUCUUUGGUAUGAUAAGGGCACCUCUCAACGUUAUACCUACGUGGAUAGUUCAACUUCUUAACACAAAAGUCGCACUCGACCGUAUCGCAGUGUUCCUCGCAGAAGAUGAAGUAGAUGAACAAGUUUCGUCUCUCAAGGGCCUCCACUCGAGGGAAGAAGAUCAUUCUCACCAGCAUCCUUUCCUCUCUGGAGACUCGGAAGGCGGUUUGGGUUUGGAAGGUGCUACACUCAAAUGGAACGAAAUUGAGAAGAAGGAGCCGCCCAAGACUAACGACGAUGCAUCUCAAAAACUUCGCACUUCAUGGUUUUCAAGCGUGAGGUCGAAGAUGAGGAAGAUCAAGGGUACCAUCUCCAGGGAUAGUACCACCGCGGAUGACAACAACGACACUACUGUCGCUUCAGCCUCGGAGACUGGAACGGUUCAUUCCGUUCGUUCGGAUGAUGCCUCGCAGGAACGUAGAUUCGAGUUGAAGGAUAUUUCGGUUUUUUUCCCAGAGGGAGAGUUGUCGGUCGUUACUGGACCUACUGCGAGCGGAAAAACUGCACUUCUCAUGGCAGUCUUGGGUGAAAUGACGCUGCUUAACGGUCGAGUCAUCCUUCACAAAGAUCGGAGAAGGGUAGAUGAACAUGGGUACACACGUACGAUUUCAUACGCUGCCCAGAGUCCGUGGUUGAGGCAUCAAACGAUAAAGGAGAACAUUCUUUUUGGAUAUCCGUAUGAUGACAAGAGGUACAACGAGGUGGUGGAGGCUUGUGCGCUCAAUCCUGACUUUGAGAUUUUGGAGGAUGGGGAGGAGACGGAGAUUGGGGCUAGAGGUGUCUCGUUGAGCGGUGGACAGAAGGCGAGGGUUGCCCUGGCGCGGGCUGUUUAUGCCAGAACGAAGUACGUGCUCCUGGAUGAUCCACUUAGCGCUGUGGAUAGUCAUACGUCUCGCUACCUCUACGAAAUCUCUUAUGCGGACCUCUUCUCCGUAAUAGGACUGUGGUACUCGUAA